AUGGCAUUUGUGCAGGUUGUCAACGUUUCUCUCCCUUCUUUGCCCUCGGGCUGGACUGCCGAGAAGGACUUCAAGGCUGUUGGCGCUCUCUCCGCUGCCACCCAGCGCAACAUUGAGCCCGUGGGCCCGCACUUCCUUGCCCACGCCCGCAGAAAGCGUCACGCCCGUACCUUCUCUGAAGAUGAGCGCAUCCAGGCUCAGCAGAACGUCAAGAAGACCGAGGAUGAGGAGGAUGAGGACAUCUCCGAGGAUGAGGAUCCCAUGAUGCUCGCUCGUGAGGCCAAGGACUGGAAGGCCCAGGAUCACUAUGCCGUUCUCGGUCUGACCAAGUACCGCUGGCGCGCGACCCCCGAGCAGAUCAAGCGUGCGCACCGCAAGAAGGUCCUGCGUCAUCACCCCGACAAGAAGGCUGCCAUGGGCCAGCGUGAUGAAAACGACAACUUCUUCAAGUGCAUCCAGAAGGCCACUGAGCUGCUCCUGGACCCCGUCCGCCGCCGCCAGUUCGACUCCAAAGACCUCCAGAAGGGCAACUUCUACAAGCUCUGGGGACCCGUCUUCGAGGCCGAGGGUCGCUUUUCCAACAAGCAGCCCGUGCCCAAGCUCGGUGACGAGAACUCCACCCAGCAAGAGGUCGAGACUUUCUACAACUUCUGGUACAACUUCGACAGCUGGCGCACAUUCGAAUAUCUCGACGAGGACAUUCCCGAUGACGGUGAGGGUCGUGACCAGAAGCGUCACACCGAGAAGAAGAAUGCGAACGCCCGCCGAAAGCGCAAGUCAGAGGAUAUCGCCCGUCUGCGUGAGUUGGUCGACGAGUGUCUUGCCGGAGACGAGCGUAUCAAGAAGUUCAAGCAGCAGGCUCGUGCUGGCAAGGAUGCUAAGCGUAAGGCCAAGGAGGAUGAGGCCAAGCGUCUGAUUGAGGAGCGUGAGCGCGCCAAGGCCGAGGCCGAGGCCGCCAAGAAGAACGCCGAGGAGGCUGCUAAGGCUGAGCGUGAGGAGAAGAAGAAGGCCAAGGAGGCUGCGAAGAACGCGGCUAAGAAGAACAAGCGUGUUCUCAAGUCCUCCGUCAAGGACGUCAACUACUUUGCUGACGGUGAGGCCUCCGCCGCGCAGGUUGACGCUGUCCUGGGUGACGUUGAGCUUGUCAUGGGCAAGAUUGACGUCGACGAGCUUGCCGAGCUGGCCUCGCGCCUGACCGUCGCUGGCAAGGACGGCAGUGCUGUCAAGGCCGCCUGGGCCGAUGAGUCCAAGCGUCUCGUGGAGGCCGGCAAGCUGAAGGAGGGCGAGGUUAAGACUUUUGCUUAG